ACUAAAGGACAAUAAAAAUAGAGGUAAGAGAGACAAUUAAAACAUAUUAUUCAUGGCAACAGCUACUGCUACAACCACAACUACUGCUUCAACCACAACUAGAGCUCACCUUAAAGUUCAAACUCAGCCCACUAAGCCCAAACGCCGCAAGUGCCGUGAAACCACCAUUUCCUCCUCCGCUGCUGCCACAGCUAAUUCUAGUAGUUCUGACUCUGCUUCUGGUUCUGGGUAUUGUUCACAUAGCCAAAGCCGGAAACUUGAGCAUCCCACCAUUGUUUCCGCUGAUAACUCCUGGAGCUGUCUUGCUUCCAAACCCACCUCUGCCCCACCUCCGCCACCACCAUCUCCGCCUCCGCUACCCCGCCGUUUAACCGUGAAGGAAUCUGACCCAGUUCUUGAUUCGCCAUCAACCUUCAGGUUCCGCUUCUCUCCGGGAAGUCUAUCGCCAGUCAUGGACUUCACUCCCACCUCAGCUUCCACUAUUACCGCCACAACAACCCUAACAAAUGGCCACCACUCUCCUCAUGAACCUUCUUCUUUCCCUUCGAGUUUCACCAAAUUUAACUCUGCACUCACAGCUGGUCUUCUAAACCCGAUGUCGCCCCCGCCGGAUAAGCCCCGAUCCAGUCCGACGCUUUUCGAGAUGAUGGCGAGCGAGCCCGAAAUGCAACCCAGAACCCAGAUCCCGAUUAACAAUGCUAACAUCAAUGUUCGAAGCUCGCAAAACUCCCAAUUGUCUGUUCAAGAUAAACAGACUUUAAUCAUGCAGCGAAUAGCUGACAUUUUGGGAAACAGGAGCCCUGGUAACCAGUUCAAUGAUGCGUCGACUAGUGAUGUUAAGUUGACAUUGAGUUCUAAAGAUGGAAUUAGCGUGUCAAUGAGCGUCCACAGGCAGAUCCUGGUGGCUCACAGCAGGUUUUUCGCUGUGAAAUUAUCGGAUCGGUGGGCCAAGCAGCAGCGUUCGUCGGUGCCGUAUGUGGUGGAGAUUGCCGAUUGCGAUGAUGUCGAAGUUUAUAUUGAGACUUUGAGGUUAAUGUAUUGCAAGGAUCUGAGGAGAAAGCUCAUGAAAGAGGAUGUGAGUAAGGUACUUGGUAUUUUGAAGGUUUCUGCAGCAAUUGGGUUUGAUGCUGGGGUCUUAUCUUGCUUGGAGUACUUGGAAGCUGCUCCAUGGGCUGAGGAUGAAGAAGAGAAGGUGGCCUCACUGUUGUCAGAGCUUCGCCUUGAAGGAGUUGGAGCAGGAGAGGUUCUUAAGAGGGUUUCAGUAGAAGUAACUAAUGGAACAGAAGAGAGUCGUGACAACGAUGAAGUGCUUCUCAAGCUUUUGCAUGUAGUUCUUGAUGGUAAAGAUGAGAAAGCUCGGCGGGAGAUGAAAGGGUUGGUGUCGAAGAUGCUUCGUGAGAAUUCUUCUCAGAAUGAUCUUCGAAAGGAAUCCUUGUACUCAGCUUGUGAUGGGUGUUUGCAAUUGCUUCAUAACCAUUUUCUCCGUGCAGCAGAAGGAGAUUUGGAGGAUAUUGGUCAGAUUGCACGGCAAGCAGAUAACCUGCAUUGGAUUUUGGAUAUUUUGAUUGACAGACAGAUUGCUGAAGAUUUUCUGAAAACCUGGGCAUCUCAGUCUGAAUUGUCUGAUAUACAUUCUAAAAUUCCUGCUGUAUAUAGGUAUGAGGUUAGCAGAGUUACAGCAAGGCUGUUUGUUGGGAUUGGAAAGGGCCAACUGUUGGCUUCAAAGGAAGUGAGGUGCUUGCUUUUACAGACAUGGUUGGUGCCAUUUUAUGAUGAUUUUGGGUGGAUGAGGAGGGCAUCUAAAGGCCUUGAUCGACAUCUAAUUGAGGAUGGUCUUAGUAACACAAUUCUAACUCUACCUCUAGCUUGGCAGCAAGAGAUUUUACUGGCUUGGUUUAAUAGAUUCUUGAACUCUGGUGAAGACUGUCCAAAUAUACAAAGAGGAUUUGAGGUUUGGUGGAGAAGGGCUUUCUGGAGACGGAGUGGUGACCAGGAAAGGACAAGGCCAUUAAGAAUCACGACUGCAACCAUUGAGAACUCAUGAAAAGUAAUAGAAUUCACAGUGCUGGAUAUCGUUCUCUGAGGGGUCAAUAGUGAUCAGUGCCUCUACCUCAGUCCAUUCAAAAUCCCUAAACAGGCCCCAUAAUCCACUUAUCUUCCCUCCUUGCCAGUGCUUAUUUCCCUCUUUCUCAGUCUCGCUCCUUCAAGCUCUCACACCUCUGUUGCUGUGGUUCUUUUUGUGGCCCCUCGCUUGCUGCUGGGCACCUCAUGCGCCUCUGUGGCUGCUGGUGUUUCUGUCUUGCUCCUCGCUCAUUGCUGGUGCCUACUGCCUAAUGAUUUCCUCAUGACAUGUGCACCUGCUGCAUGUUCUCUUAAUUCGGGUUCUCAGUUGAUCUUAAUUUCUGCUUGUGAACAAUGGGAAUGGUGUGAUUGUGAAUUUAUGAUAUACUUUAGAACAGGCCUAGAUAUGGGACUGAGUUGAUCAUUGUUCUGUGUGAUUUGUGACCAUUUGAUGAUUAAUCCAUAUUUUUUGACCAUUUAACUUUAA